UCUAACUUUACACUGCCAUGUUGCAGAGGAGGGUGAGUUUAGGGAAAGACGGAGCCACCCUGUCAAUCACAAUUAAGGAACCAUGGGAGUAAACUGGUAGGGGAAGCUCGGCGAAACCACCGUGUUUACGUUUUUUUUUUAAAUUUGCGCACCGACGACAACUAUGCACUGGUUCCCUGUGGGACGUUUACCUCCGACCUCGCUUUCCGGUUGGGAAUCGCUCCACUUUGACGGGAAUUAGCAUGAGACGUUACAUGUAACAACAAAAACUUAGCGACUUUCAGUUGCCUGUUUUUUUUCUUUUCUUUCUUUUGCCCCCAGAGAAGCUCUAACUUUGAGCAAGAAAAAAAAAUACACAAUUCACGGUUGAUAUUUGUUCCAACGGCUCACUUCAGGCUCAGGAUACUGUGGUUUGUUUUUGACUCCAACUCGUGGAAAUCUGGUCACACAGAGCUGCCUGGUCGGUAGAAGAAGAAGAAGAAGAAGACACUCCCAGAAGAGAGAGCAAGGAAAGCAGCAGAGAUGAGUGGGGGAGAGGUGGUGUGUUCAGGGUGGCUCAGAAAGUCUCCUCCUGAAAAAAAGUUGAGACGUUACGCAUGGAAGAAGCGGUGGUUUGUUCUUCGCAGUGGCCGUCUGACAGGCGACCCAGACGUGUUGGAGUACUACAAGAAUGACCACACCAAGAAGCCCAUUCGUGUGAUUGAUCUCAACUUGUGUGAGCAGGUGGAUGCUGGACUGACAUUCAGCAAGAAAGAGCUGGAGCACAGCUUCAUAUUCGACAUCAAGACCAUUGAUCGUGUCUUCUACCUGGUGGCUGAUUCUGAGGACGAGAUGAACAAGUGGGUUCGCCACAUCUGCGACAUAUGUGGUUUUAAUCCCACUGAAGAAGACCCAGCAAAAGCAGCUCACCAGGCAGCCACGGCGGGGCAGGUGGUGGAUAUGCCCCCACACCCGGCUCUGGGUAAUAUCGUUGGUCCAGCAGCAUCAGUGCUGUCCACCGUGCCACCUCCAUACCAGCCGGUCAGUGUGCGACACCUGGACUCUCAGUCCAGUUCAGAGGAGCCCCAGGAUUACCUGUGGUUGGCCAACUGUGAGAGCAAAAAGCCUGAACCCAACAGAGCCCAUGCUGAGUGUUCCAAGUCUACCUCUUCAGAGACAGACCUGAAUGACAACCUCCCAUCUCACCGGACGCCCACUUCCUCCACUUCCUCCGCUAAGCACACCUCGCACAAUGGCUUCUUCCCGCAGCACUCGACUCCCGCCUCCGCCCCUUCCACUAUCUACGACUCGCCUCCGUCACGUGGUGCCUCACUCUCAACUGACAGCGGCCUUUAUCACCUCCCUCGGAGCUACUCCCAGGACACUGUGCUGCUCCCCAAGUCGGCUUCCUCCCCUCCGGCUCAUCCAGACGGCGGGGACGGCGACCUUUAUGUCUUCAACACGCCGUCGCGGAAGCCCUCAAUGGAGACACAGAUGCGCAACCUUUCCAUCAGUUACGACAUCCCACCCACACCUGGCGCAAACUGUACCUACCAGGUGCCCCGUACGUUGUCGUCAUCGACAGGGGUGGGGGGAACAGAGGGUGGGGGAGAUGUAGUACCCCCACCCAGACCACCCAAGCCUUCACUCAGUUCCACCUCAGGACCCCCGCCACCCCCCGCUGAGCGCUCACCUACGGACACCUAUUGUGUGCCUCGCUCAGCCUCAGAGACAGAUGGAAACUACUGUGUGCCUACUAGCGCUGGGAGUAAGGCUUUGCGCAGCAACACUAUUGGCACUGUGGACUGUUCACGACUCCGCAAAGAUUUUGGAUCCCAGGACUGCUAUGACAUUCCUAGAUCAUUCCCCUCUGACAAAAGCUGCUCGUUUGACUUCAAUGAAAGCAUGAACAGCUACUUUAAAAACAAAGGAAUGAUGCCAGUGGGUAGUCAGUCAACGGAAGAGGUCGACCAGAACUACGUACCUAUGAGUGCCAACUCCCCGUCACAUCACCACUCGGGCAGUUUGUCAGAGCCGAUGCACGAACCCAACUACGUGCCCAUGACCCCAAGCACUGAGUUCUCCUCCCUUGGGAAACAGGUUCCCCCACCCGCCCACAUGGGAUUUCGCUCGAGCCCAAAGACCCCUCCUCGCAGGCCACUGCUCAGUGACUGCCAACCUCCACCUGUUGACCGACAUCUCAAGCCUGAUCGCAAAGCUGCAUGUUGUGAAGUCUUUGACAUGUGUAUUCAAGGCCAGCAUCAUUUUACUUACACAAAAGGUCAGAGUCCUAAAAUAAUAAGAGCAAAAGGUGUCUGUUUAGAGCGAACCGACUCUCAAACCGUAGGUGAAUUCCCGAGGCGACGCAAGGGAAAACCCGCUCCACUGGAGAUCAAACCUCUGCCGGAAUGGGAGGAGCCCUGUACACCUGUACGCUCACCUGUCACACGGUCAUUUGCUCGGGAUCUCUCUAGGUUCCCAAUGCCAGCGAGACCCCCGUCAGUGCAUAGCACGGCCUCCAGCACUGACUCCGAGGACUCUGCUGAGAAUUAUGUAGCCAUGGUCUCUAAUAUGCCCACAGAUGAACCAAUCAUGAAGCUCGCUGCGCCCAUGACUGCGGAUGGUGGGAGUAGCCCUAUGGUGAAGCCGAAGGGAGACAAACAAGUGGAGUACCUGGAUUUGGAUCUUGAAUCCGGCAAGUCUACCCCACCUCGGAAGAUGAAGAGCAAUGGAACUGGCAUCACGGCAUCAGAUGAGCGUGUAGACUAUGUGGUUGUGGACCAGCAACGGACACAGGCCCUCAAGAGCACCCGGGAGGCCUGGAGCGACGGCCGCCAGUCCACAGAGACAGAUACCCCCACCAAAGGACCCAAGUGACCCUGUUGUCCCAACCACCAACCCACUUUCCAAACCCCCAAACUGCCAGAACUUUUACACCAGUGCAGGUUCUGGUUUGUGCUUUGGGACGGUCCAACUAUCACGUUCCACCUCGACAAGAUCCUUAGUGUCUAAGAGCCAGUGGAGCCACUCAACUGUCUUUAGUUUACACUGCUGUCGGGCCUAGCAGAGCACUGUCGUACAGAGGGGUGUGGGCCAGGAAUAAGCUCUAUGCAGUAUGAAAGCAGGUGGAAUGACUGGACUAGUCUUUGGGGUUUGACUUAAGCAGAUCCAUGAACUUUGAACAUUCACUGCCUCCGAAAAGGAUUAGAGGCUUCUUGAUCAACUUUCAACGGCCUGAUCCAGAAUUAACAUUUCCUUAAAUUGUAAUGCUGUUUGAUGUUGUUUUGGAGUGAAAUCACUUGAUAACAUGAUCACAGUAGCUUGUCAGUGCAGCACUACUAGUUAGCAUCGCAGGUUAACAGUUCAGUUUGUAGCGUGGUGAAGUUUCACCGGACACAGAUCACAGGUUGUUUCUUCCUCAGGUCGUGGUGGGUGGUUUCAACCGACCCUGAUCUGUAUCCAAGGCAAACUUCAAACCCGGAUCCCAGUACAACAGAAUUUCAGAGAUGUUGGUUUUUCUUUCAGAACAAAGGCAGUUGAACUUGUUCAUUUUUUAAUGUAACCAAGUGCUAAAUUCAAGCUUCUGAUUCACUCAAGGUUUAAUCCACUGAACAUGAUUUGAUUUCCAUUUAUGUGGAGAUGCUUUGAUUUGUUACAAUGGAAGUGCAAAGACUGUACAAAAGUGUUAUGUAUAUAAAUGGGAUAAAAGCGUCCUUUAUUUGUAUGGAAUAUCCAACGUGUUUGACUCGACGGUAUACGGAUUCUGCAGGGUAGAAUCCUGUACCUGUAUUAGAUGGUAUCAGGACUUGUGAUUAAUGAAUGAAUUACUGUGAGUUUUUAAACGAACGUGACAGGUUUUCUAUAAGUUAUGCAAAGGUAUCAAACUUAGGCUAGAGAGAGAGAAAAUCAGGUACUCUUUAUAAAUGCAUACUAAUACAACUUUCCAUUUCUAAUUUAUUUCUCAAGCUAUUUCAUCAGGUGGAUGUCGUGUCCAUUUUUAGCUCAGUAUUCUUGAUUCAUAUGGAGGAACAUUUGCUCGAGUCUGUUUAAAUGGUCAGUUAGUUUCACAAGUUCAUUCCCCCUUUCCCUUCCUCUUUUCUCUCUCCUUUAGGUUUAAUUUAUUUUAAAUUGAACUGGCGUACAGUUUUGGGUAAUUGGCUGCCUCAUGUAGUCAACUUGAUGCAUCUUUUUUAGACCGUUAAAAAGUCUUUUGUCUGCAUAGAUCUGUGCUUUUACUAACCCGUCGACUCUCCCGCAGAAAUCCUAAGCAUGUGCUACCACAAGACAAAAACCACCGCUGUACAUAUUUUGCCAUCGAUUAGAUGAACAUGUAUCUUUUAAAAGACGUGCCUACUAAGUCAUCUUCACUCUACUUCACUCUUUCCUUAUUGCAGUUUCUUUGUGAUACGAGCUGCAAAGCUGAUGAUGCUUUAUCUUUUUUAAUGAAUCUCAACAGAAAAUGUACAUUUUAAAAAAUGGACUAAAUAAAAUCCAGCCUCUUAUGCA